AUGAAGGAUCUGCUUUUCCUGGGGUUCCUGCUGGUGAAUCUGGAUUCAGCGCUGCUGUCUCGAUCUUGGCGAGCCCACAGGGAGCAUAAGCAGGUAGCGGGUGAGCCCACAGUGGUUCUCACCGUUACUGGGGAACCCUGCCACUUCCCCUUCCAGUAUCACCGGCAGCUGUACCACAAAUGCAUCCACAGGGGCCGGCGGGGGUCCCGGCCCUGGUGUGCAAUCACCCCCAACUUCGAGCAGGAUCAGCGAUGGGCAUACUGCUUGGAGCCCUCGCACGUGAAAGAUCAUUGCAGCAAAAACAGCCCUUGCCAAAACGGAGGGACCUGUGUGAACAUGCCAGGUGGCCCACACUGCAUCUGUCCAGAAAGCUUCACCGGCAAGCACUGCGAGAGAAAGAAAUGUUUUGAGCCUCAGCUUCUCAAGUUCUUCCAGGAGAAGGAAGUAUGGCACAGAGUGGAGGCAGCAGGUGUGGUUAAGUGUCAGUGCAAGGGCCGCGGUGCCCACUGCAAGUCACUGCUCAGCCAGGCUUUUCGCCCCCUCCCCCACACCUUCCCCCCUUCUUUCCCUGCACCCCUCAGCAGGAAGCUGAGGAACCGGGAGGGGAGCUCCUUCCGGACAUCCGAAAGGCUUCCUCUUCGACACCACAGGCCAGAGCCGGAGGAGCUGAAGGUGGUACUCGGCCAGGACCGCCAUAACCAGAGCUGUGAGCAGUGCCAGACAUUGGCCGUGCAUGCCUACUACCUGCACGAGGCCUUUUCACCUACUACCUACCAGCAUGACGUGGCACUGCUGCGCCUGCAGGAGAGAGCUGAUGGCAACUGCGCGCUCCUGUCGCCCUACAUCCAACCUGUGUGCCUGCCAAGUGGUGCCUCCCACCCCACUGAAACUGGGAAUAUGCUCUGCGAGGUUGCCGGCUGGGGUCACCAGUUUGAGGGGGCACAGGAAUAUUCCACCUUCCUGCAGGAGGCUCAGGUGCCACUCCUCUCUCAGGAGCUCUGCUCCGCCCCGCACGUGCAUGGAUCUUCCUUUGUCCCUGGCAUGCUCUGCGCUGGCUUCCUGGAGGGCGGGACUGAUGCAUGCCAGGGUGAUUCCGGAGGUCCGCUGGUGUGUGAGGAGGAGGACACAGGGCACAAGCUUAUCCUGCGAGGUGUUGUCAGCUGGGGCUCAGGUUGUGGUGACCACCAUAAACCUGGUGUCUACACUGAUGUGUCCAAUUACCUAGACUGGAUCCAGCAGCACACCACCUCCUGACUUCCCAGGGACUUCUCUUUUCCCACUGUGUGACUCUGGAGUGGGAGGGUGGCUGGGGCAUGAUUGCAGAAGGCAAGGAUGGGGUUCCCUCUUCCCCUACUCCCUAGUGCUGCUAGCCUAGUGCCAGGCACCAUGUAGGUACUCAAUAAAGAGCUUUGAAAAUGCUUGGAAAGCCUGGCUCUUCU